CACCUGACAGGUGUGGCAUAUCAAGAAGCUGAUUACACAGCAUGAUCAUUACAUAGGUGUUCUUUGUGGUUGGGGAAAAAAGGCCACUCUAAAAUGUGCAGUUUUGUCAUGUAACACAAUGCCACAGAUGUCUCCCAGUUUUGAAGGAGUGUGCAAUUGGCAUGUUGACUGCAGGAAUGUCCACCAGGGCUGUUGCCACAGAAUCUAAUGUUAAUUUCUCUACCAUAAACUGCAUCCAAUGUCAUUUCAGAGAUUUUGGCAGUACGUCCAACCUGGCCACACAACAGCAGACCACGUGUAACCACGCCAGCCCUGGACCUCCACAUCCGGCUUCUUCUUGGACUGUGACCAGCCACCCGGACAGCUGAUGAAACUGGGUUUGCACAACCAAAGAAUUUCUGCACAAACUGUCAGAAACCGUCUCAUGGAAGCUCAUCUGUGUGCUCGUCUUCCUCAUCAGGGUUUUGACUUAACUACAGUUCCGCAUAGUAACCAACUUCAGUGGGCAAAUGCUGGAGAAGUGUGCUCUUCGCGGAUUAAUCCUGGUUUCACCUGUACCGGACAGAUGUCAGACAGCGUGUAUGGUGUCAUUUGGGCGAGUGAUUUACUGAUGUCAACGCUGUGAACAGUGCCCUGUGGGGUCAUGGUAUCGGCAGUCAUAAGCUACGGACAACGAACACAAUUGCAUUUUAUCAAUGGCAAUUUGAAUGCAGAGAUACCAUGAUGAGAUCCUGAGACCCAUUGUCCUGCCAUUCAUCCGCCGACCAUCACCUCGUGUAGCAAGAAUCUGUACACAAUUCCUGGAAGCUGAAAAAGUAACAUUUCUUCCAUGAAGAAAUCACCAGACAUGUCAUCCGUUGAGCAUGUUAGGGAUGCUCUGAAUCAACGUGUACUACAACGUAUUCCAGUUCCCGCCAAUAUCCAGCAACUUCAGACAGCUAUUGAAGAGGAGUGGAACAAAAUUCCACAGGCCACAAACAGCCUGAUGAACUCUAUUCGAAGGAGAUGUCUUGCUGCAUGAGGCAAAUGGUGGUCACCAGAUACUGACUGGUUUUCUGAUCCAUGCCCCUACCUUUUCUUAAAGGUAUACAUAUCUGUAUUCCCGGUCAUGUGAAUUCCAUAGAUUAGGCCCUAAUUUAUUUAUUUUAAUUAACUGAUUUUCUUAUUAACUGUAACUCAGUCAAAUCUUUAAAAUUGUUGCAUGUUGCGUUUAUUUUUGUUCAGAGUACUUUAAGGGCCAGUUUACCUGAAACCAAAUCCUGGACUAAAAAGCAUGCUCAAUGGACAAUCUCCAUUGAAAUAUUUGUUUAGUCCACGACUACUAAACUUAAACUGUGACCGUUAAAAACUGUUUUUAAUUUACCAGUAUAUUCUGUUGUUUUGGAUAGUCUCAUUGGUUGGCCUGUCAUGUAGCAUACAACUGCAGAUUUUGCUUCAGCUAUUUCUUUCGAGAAUCAGUCUGUGGUCAUUGGUGCAACAAGUGAAAUCGGUUCUGUAUUAGAGCAGUUAACAUGUCGUGUUUAUUGGCACAAUUUUUGGGUUGUAAAUGUUGACGGGACCCUUAGCCCUAUGUAUAACCUAGGUUAUUGCAACAUUGGUUCGAAGAUAGCUGCAUUAAUCUCAAAUAAACAACACUUGGUUGAAAUUUGAGCAGUAUACAUUUGAUAUGUAUCAACUCAGGGAAAUAAGAUAAGAUUGGAGCAGUCAGAACAAUAUGUUCACUAGCAAAUGUUAAUUUGGGAAAAUAUCUUGUACAAAUGGUAGCUUAUAAUAAAAAAUAAACUAUCCUAUGGACUGGACUGACAUGACCCUUCUGACAAAUGUCCCUACGCCUUCCGUCGGCUUGAGCUACCAUACAGACGUCAGUGACUGUAUGCUACCGUGAAGAUGGCGGAGGCUGCGGCGGCACCACAAAACCGUUUUUUCUGUCACUGUUGUAAAGGUGAAAUCGACCCUAAACUCCCGGAAUUCACAUGCCCCAGGUGUGAGUCCGAUUUCAUUGAGGAGGUGACAGAAGACUCCAGUCUCUUGGAGAACAGCACCACUGCAGAGGCCAAUGAUGAUGCAGGCACACUCUUUUCAGAGCUGUGGCAGCUGCUGUUUAUGGAACACUCUGCUCUUCUCUCGGACCCCUCCACCUCUGAGUCUGACCAGAGCCAUCUACAGGCUGCCGCAGUGGAGGGAGACGUAGAGGGCCCUUCUGAAGUGCCUGUGUCCUCGGUGGGAGGCACAGAUCCUUUAGUGCCUGAACCGGAACGCCCCUCUCGUCCGCCUAGCCAGGGGAGGCGACAGUCCCACACGCCAGCAGUGGAGGGUAUUGUGCAGCAGUUUUUGGCUGGUCUGUUUGCCAACAAUGGAAAUCCAGGCAUCGCACCAGCUGCACUGUCUGGCAUGCUCCAUUCAAAUCCAGGGGACUAUGCCUGGGGUCAGGGAGGUCUAGACGCAGUUAUCACAGAGUUGUUAGGUCAGUUUGAGGGCACAGGUCCACCUCCUGCAGAGAAGGAGAUGAUCUCAUCCCUCCCCACAGUCAACGUCUCUCAAGAACAGACAGAUAGCAGACUGGAGUGUCCAGUAUGUAGGGAGGAGUACUCCAUGGGAGAGUCUGUCAAACAGCUGCCCUGCCUCCAUUAUUUCCACAGUGACUGCAUAGUGCCAUGGCUUGAACUGCACGAUACCUGUCCUGUGUGUCGUAAAAGUCUUGACGGCGUCGACCAGAGCAUCCAGCCCCCACCAGAACCCCCAGAGACCCUCUCCAUCAGGACAGACCCUCAGGAGGAGAGACAGGCUAUUUGAGGAUUAGGCCUCCCUGUCUGGCAUCUCUUCUUCCCUUUACUCCUGAACGAGGCUCAUCUCUAUCCUCAUGCCUCGUCUUUGACCAUGCGUUUAUUGAAGAGACAUAUUUCAAUUCAACUGUGCCUCAUUGUCAAAAUUCAACUCUCCUCAAAAAUUCACUUCACAAUGCAUUUACUAGGGAACUUUGUUUGACUUUAGAAAGUUCCAAUAUGCCUGCAGUAUCACCUCACCUGCAAAUGGUUCCAACUGUUUUCUGACAAAAUGUUAUGGAUUCGAUUUGUCCCUUCGUACUGGUAUUUCCCCCAGUGUUCUGAUUGGCUCUCAUUUUGUAUUCAAACCACAUGAACUGAUAUCCUUGAGCCACAGAGAAGUGACAAAUGUGAUGAAAUUAGGUAAAUUGGGGAAAAUCCUAAAAGAUGAGCUGAACUCACUCUCUUGCGUUGAAGCUCUGGGUUAGAUCAUUUGCCCACUGUUCUCGCCGACAUCUUUGGUUGCAUCCCAAUAAUCUCUCCUUUCUCCUGAAGGGUACACUUGUUCACUUCAUGGAUUUGAAAGGAAAUGACUGGCAUAUGGAAACUCCUUCCAGUCCAUGCAUGCUACACCAAUCCAAUGCUUUCACAUUUGUGGGGACUAGUGAACGAAUGCACACUUCUGUAGGAAGCAAUUCAAAUUCUCCCGUCUCCCGCUUCCUCUUAAUCUCACAUAGCAGUAUUUAUUAAUAAUGUCCACCUCUCUUUAUGGCCCCUAUUAAACCCUAAUACUUUUUCCUUUACACUAUCCACCUCCUUCAUGUUCUAACUUUAUGCACUUUUCUAAUGCAUUAGUAUUUUGCCUCUUUCAAUCAUUCUGUUUUUAAUACGUACAAGUCACAGCAAAAUAAUAAAUAUGUUUUUAGUAUUUGA